AAAGCCAAACAUCUGUUUUGAGCCGCAUUGCGUUAGUUAUUUUUCUCUAAAUAAAUUGCUAUUAUAAAUAAAAGAAACAUGCGUAUAACACAAUAUUUGGCUAGUAAAUUAAAAAACUUUUCAAAUCUGCCCAAGGAAUAUAUUGAGCGCAGCAAAAAGCAGGUAUAUUGGCAAACACCACGCGAAAGGAAUUAUCUACCACGUACCGUCGAGCGCAAGCGUUUUCGCUAUACCACAAACCGGCCAUGGACAGGCCAGUUCCGGCAACAGAAUAUGCCGGGCACGAUGCGCCGAAAAGUUUUUCUGGAGCCAGUUGAGGAUUGGAGCUUCUUCCGCGGCGAUCGCAUUGAAGUGCUUGUCGGCAAGGAUAAGGGUAAGCAGGGCAUUGUCACUCAGGUAAUACCCGAACGCAAUUGGGUUAUUGUCGAGGGCAUCAAUUGGCAUUAUAGGCGCGUGGGAGCUGAGAAGGAAUUCCCCGGCAUCAUCAUAAAGUCCGAGUCGCCUCUUAAUGUUACCAAAGACAUACGCCUAGUGGACCCAUCCGAUCUGCAGGGCACCGAAUUUGAGUGGCGCUUCACGGAGGAGGGUGAAAAGGUGCGCGUAUCGUUGCGUUCGGGCCGCAUCAUACCCAUUCCUGAGACAAAUAACCAAACUUAUGACUAUAAAACGCCAAAAGCCUACAUUGAGCGCGAAAAGGAUACACCAGCUGCCGUUGUGAGCGAGAUUACGUUUCAGCCAAAGUUGUCCACUUUUGAAAUGGAUAUCAUGGAGGAAAUGGACAUAAAGGAGGAACGCACGCCGGCCAAGAGCUACUGGUAUUAGACAUACCUUGUUUGUUUAAUAAAGUGUACAAUAAUAUGAAAUGUGU